CUUGCUGCCUGGGAAGCCGUCCUGGACUUCCUUGCAUCCUCGCUAGCUCACACUGCUCUGACACUUCUCCUUUUCUCUCUGCAGCUGCAUGGUCGAUGCUAUGAUAGUAGUGGAGAUCCUGAAGUAAAGGUCACAGCUAUGCUGGAGCUGGGAUCCCCCCUGGAGAUGAUUCAGCUUCUGCAGACCCCCUGGGAAGAGAGAUUCAAAAUUUGCCUGAGUCUUGUGAAACUGCUGUUUUACUUGGCACAUUCCCCCCUGGGUUCAAUAGCCCUCUUGGAUUUCCAGCCGAGGCAGUUUGUUAUGGUGGAUGGAAACCUAAAAGUGACAGACAUGGAUGAUGCCAGCACUGAGGAACUGUCAUGCAAGGAGGAAAGGAAAUGUGAAGGAAUAAAUGAAAAGAAGAAUCUUUUCAAUGCAUAUCGGUAUUUUUUCACCUAUCUUCUGCCACACUCUGCACCCCCUGCUUUGCAGCCCUCUUUGAGUGAUAUUCUGAACGCAACAGGUGAUUUACGAUAUGGAAUAAACGAAACCCUGAAAGCUUUUGAAAAGGUUUUACAUCUGUACAAGUCUGGGCUCUAUCUACAGAAAAGACCUCUUCUUUUAAAAGAAUACAUCUCCCUAAAGGGCUUCCGAACUGUGGAAGUAGAAAACUAUAAGUGCUGGCCCUCCUACAGCCACCUGGGGUGUCUGCUCUCGGUGCACAGUGCUGAGGAAGCUGCCGCAAUUUGCAACUCCCAAUCCCAGUGUCAAAGUUUUAUUGUCACCCAGCAGAGGACAUGGACAGGACGCCCACUCGCCUCGUUUCAGAGUAGUCCGACUGGUUUGAUACCGGAUGUUAAUGCUGUCGUCUAUAUUAAACGAUCAGCUUCCACAGGGGGAAGACUUUAAAGACAAUGAGAUCACAUAAAACGAUCGAUCCUGGGAGGAACAAACCGUUGGGGAGAAUUUCAUCUACUGAAAAGAAUGGCAUAUUUUAUUUUGCUUUAGGAUGUGAUCUCCCUGCCAGCUCAGGCUGAGUCAAAUGCUGCUGUCUCCUUGAUCAAAGCUCAGAUUUCUCACUGCAGAAUGCUCCCUUCUCCACAGCCCUGCUGACUUGUUUAUCUCUGUUCCCACACUCUGCUGUUCCUCAUGAACGCGCUCAAUUUUAGUCAAAUGUUGCUAGAAUGUGCAAUACCUAGCCUUGCUGCUUCAGUAACCAGCUUGUCAGUCAAGAAAUAGAAAUAGCUGCAAGGGACCCAGCUGCAGUAGGCCUAGUUAGUUCAGCAGUCUCUGAAAACCUAUGAAUAAGGCACCUUGGAGAAUGCAGUGGCUCCUCCUGCAGCUGCCAACAAGGAUUUCAUGCCACUGCAACUAUAAAGGUCUGGAUUUCAGGGGCAGGGCAGAGGUUGCAGGGUUGGGUUCCACAACCAGAGGUUGAUGAUGGGUGUGGUCUUCAAAGGAGGGUUUUGAUUCAGUUCCUUCCAGGACAGAGGAGGAAGAUAUGUACAAAUCAGCUCUGGAACUCUAUGUCAGAAUGCAUGCAUGCAGGAUUUGGGUUUUAUCCUAUGCGGUUUGUAAUGCCAGCUCCCGUGUAUCAACCUUGAAGGUUUUUCUCUGUUACUUUCCAUGAAAGAGCGAGACAUUCAAAUUAUUUAUGUACAAAGUGUUAGUCUGUAUGGUAAAGAAUGGCUAUGUUUAUUCUAAGCAUGGUGUCAAAAGCCUUUUUUAAUUGUU